AUGGUUUCCCCCCUCCUGCUCCUCGCACUCAGUGCGCUUGCUUCUGCGUAUCCAAAACAAAUCUGUGAUGGUGCGAAUGGAGCUGUAGCUUCUGAGAGCAAGGUGUGCUCGCAGAUUGGAAUUGAUGUAUUGAAGGAUGGGGGAAAUGCUGCUGAUGCUCUUGUUGCCCAGCAAUUCUGCGUUGGGGUGGUUGGAAUGUAUCACUCUGGUGUUGGUGGGGGUGGAUUCAUGACUGUCCGUUCGCCGAAAGGAGAAUACGAGUUUAUUGACUUCAGAGAAAUGGCUCCUGGUGCAGCUUUCGAAUCCAUGUACUCCUCCAACAUCAACCUCUCACUCUACGGCGGAUUAGCAAGCGGCGUGCCUGGCGAACUUCGCGGAUUGGAAUACCUGCACAAGAAAUACGGAUCGAAGCCCUGGAAGCAAUUAUUGCAACCGGCAAUCAAGGUUGCGAGAGAUGGUCAAGCGGUGACCGCAGACCUUGUGAGAUAUAUUGGAUCUACUGCAAACAACUCCUUCCUCACAACAGACCCAUCGUGGGCUCUCGACUUUGCGCCAAACGGAACUUUGGUUAAAUUGGGGGAUACGUUGUACCGAAAGCGUUAUGCCAAAACUCUCCAGGCUAUCGCGGAGCAUGGUCCAAACGCUUUCUAUUACGGACCCAUUGCGAAUGCUACGAUCAAUGCCCUUCAAUCAACUGGUGGUUCUAUGACCCUUUCAGAUUUGGCAAAUUACACCAUCAAGAUAAGACCCCAUUCAAAUAUCACAUACCGAGGAUAUAAAAUUACUACUGGAAGUGCGCCGUCCAGCGGGGCAGUUGUUUUGAGUGCCCUCAAAAUCGUCGAAGGCUAUGAUAUGUCUACACCUUCACUACUGAACCUCUCAACCCAUUACCUAGACGAGGCAAUGAAAUUUGGAUAUGGUCAACGAACAGAACUCGGAGACCCAACCUUUGUUACAAAUAUCACAGCAUAUCAGCAGAGGAUGUACUCCGAGAAGACCGCUGGGGAAGUCCGAAGCCUGAUCCAAGCAAAUAGUGUUUUGAGUACCCAAGCAUAUAACCCAUCCAGUUAUGAUAUCUUGACCGACGACGGAACAAGUGCUGCAGUCGCAGCCGACAAGAGUGGCCUCACAAUUGCCAUCACAUCUACUAUCAAUACGCUCUUUGGAAGCCGUGUCAUGGUUCCCGAGACAGGUAUUAUCAUGAACAAUGAAAUGAACGAUUUCAGUGUCCCAGGUACAACCAAUGCCUUCGGCUUCACUGCUUCCCCAGCAAACUAUAUCCGACCCUUCAAGCGCCCACUCUCCUCGAUCUCCCCCUCCAUCGUCGAGUACCCUGACGGAUCCGUCUACAUCUCGCACGCCUCCGCAGGCGGCUCUCGCAUCAUCACUGAGAUCCAACAACACCUGUGGCACGUGCUAGACCAAAACAUGACUUCGGCACAAGCUCUCGCGCAACCGAGAAUGCACGACCAGCUCGCUGGAGUUGUGUCUUUUGAAUACGGGAACCAAGAUGUGCAGGGUUAUAACAAUGAGACGACUGCUUUCUUUGCGCAGAUUGGUGCUAAUGUCACUUUUGUGGCGCCUGGGCAAACAACUGCGCAGGCGUUGAGGAGGUUAGCGAAUGGAACCUUUGAGGCGGCUAGUGAGCCUAGGCAGGAGAAUAGUGGUGCCUUUGUUAUUUGA